AUGUUGGAAAUAUCAAAGAACGGAGGUCCAGGAGACACUACCAGCGCUGUGUGUUCGGACACAGCUCAGGGUGGAAAAAGGGGUGACAGCCGCACUAUUUCUGCGCAACCGUUUCCAAGACAACGCCGAGUGUCGCGUAGUGAUGAUGGAAGAGCUCCAGAGCCCAGCACUCUUUUGGCAGCAGGGCUCCCUUCCAUUCGCUGCACGCGUGAAUUUGCGGAUCGCUGCAACCUACUUCUUCACAAUAGACCCAAGAGCUCGCCUCGUCCGCCUCAAAGCAACACAUAUGAAGAUGCCAAUACUCAGUUGGUCACACGGAAUAGGCAUUUUAGGUAUGGCGACACAGUACCCCUUCGACUGCCUGGUAGUGGAGUAGGCUCUGAGGCUGCAACGUCAUUACAAACAAAGCUGAGGGAGCAAUAUGCGCGCUAUAAUCGUUUUGCCGCCUUGCAACCCUCCGAUGAUUCCUCAUCACGUGAUGAUACCGCAUCUAAGACGGAAUGCGAGGCAAACAGGUUACGGAGCAUGCGGCAUUGCCGCAUAUUUUUCGACACAGAUAACAGUGGACAUGAUUUAUCACAAACCAAAUCUGAACGUUUGUCUGUUGCGGAAGGUAGCGGUGUAGCCUCUCAAUCGGUGGAACAAAAUGAUAAAGAAAGUGAUUCCAACCAUGACAGCGCACGUCCCGUGCAGCCAGUUACAACUGAAAGGACCAUCAUCGGAGGUCUACGGACGGUGUUUCCACCGAACUCAGAGUGGCAAAUUGUGACCAUGCGUAUGUCGUGCAUUGACCCGUCGAUGACAGAACGUGAACUGGAAGACCUCGCUCGCCAGGCAGACGUACAAGUGGUAGCCUUAGAAUUGGACCGCAACAUAAUAUCACACCUUUGCAAUGGCACGGGGAGUAUUACAUGCCGUCAUACCGGAGGUGAACCGACUCUGCUGCGUUUUUCGCAACUUCUCGCUAAGCGUGGCAUACGUCUUUACGUUACCGAUUUAAUAUCGCAGCCCGACUUGAAGAGGUUGAGAAUGUCCAAAUGA